GGCACACAAACACUUCACACUGAAACUUCCUGGAAAUAAAUAAACAAAUAGGCUCUUCAUGCAGCAUCUGCUCAGAUGGAAGCUAUUCAGUCAAGGCCUGAAAGAGAGGCCAAGGCUAAUGAGAGUUAACUGUUCACAGCAAAAAUGAUUAGAGAGCUGACCCAACCCUCCACAAAAACCGAGGGGAACCGUUACAUUCCAUCCUUUCUAAACAAGACAAAGAUUUUUAUGUUUAUUUGAUUAUACAUUGUAUUUUGUCAGCUUUACAUCAAAAUACUACCUUUUUAAGACACAUAAUGGAUUUUUGUGAACGAAAAAGCAGUAUUAUAAAUAAUAAUCAGAUGAGUCAAACUUUCCAUCCUCAUGUGCAUUCAUUAUAUUUCCCUUCCUUCAAUGAAUUCAGUUAGUAGGCACAUGAGGUCAUUCCAGAUCCAUUGAUGUCAGAGACAAACGGCUAAAGCCCUGGGGUUUAGAUUGACUUUAAUUGACUGGUGAUUGUUGAAUGAAUGGCUCUCAGGUUGUCGGACGUAAAGCAUUAAAUUAAGGAAGAGCAUACAUGUAACUGUGCAGCUCACCGGCUGUAAGGCAAAGGACAUGGGGAAGGGGAAACUGCACCUGUUAAAAAAAUAAUAUAAAAAGUAAAACUUGAAGCAACUUUUCCAAAGGAUGUCCCAAAAAUGUUUCUUCUGGAUGUGAAGUAAAGAAAAACCUGCAGAGAUUUCUGCAGGAAAAGAAAAUCAGCAAUUAUUUAUCCCAUCAAACGAGUUCUCGCGUUAUGAUCAUACACUCCAGCCCCGAAUAAAUACAAUAAGGUGACAAGAAAAGUCCAAUGAUAUUCCUUGCUUGGAUUACGCACCAAAGCGCAGCGUUGUCUGAACACAACUGAGAGGGUCCAGUUCAGGAGGGGAAACCCUUUUGACUCGAUUAAAGAGAGAGGCUGUAUUAUAAAUUAAAGAAAAAAAGAGAGAAGGAAAAAAAGGGUAAAAGGGGGAGGAGGAUGGCAGGGAAGAAAGUGGUGGUGCCAGACGCAACGGCAGUAAGAAGCGUGCGUACGUGCUUUAUCUUCGCGGCUGAGUGUGACGUGAUAUUGCAGCCUGCCCCUGGAGCUCUGCAAGCACCAAGCAAAGUGCGUUUAUUUCUCUCAGUGUUGUAACUCACAAGCCCCUACAUCUCCAAUCCACCCGCCUCGGAUCUGUCAUUUUUUUCUACCCCUGUUUCCAGGCAAGGGGGGCUCAUAACAUAACGCGACUUGCAGAAGAACCAGUCGGAAUUACGCAGACGCAGACUCUAACCAUUGAAUUUCUACUGUAAGGAUUGCUCGGUUCUUUCUUGUCACUCCAAGAAUUUACCUCUCCUCUUCGUCUCUUUUCCCCUCCUCUCUCCGUGUCUUUCUUUCGCUCGGUGGCUGUCGCAUGUUUGUUGCGCUCCGUGUUGAUGGGAGAAACCCAGAUGAAGAGGAAAACGGGGAGAUAGGAGCCGGCAGAGCGGAGUGUAACGCAUUUUAUUUCCUUUCAUUGAGGCAUCUUGUUGCGCCGGACUUCUGCUGUCGGGAAUGGGGAGUAUCGAUUCACUGGAGCUCUGCAGAAUUUAUUUAUAAAGGAUGUGGUCAAUGUUGGAGAAAUAGCCAUAGCUUCCGCAGUGUAAGGCCAAAUGACAUAGGAUGAAGGCUGUUCGAAACCUGUUGAUUUAUAUAUUUUCCACCUAUCUUCUGGUUAUGUUUGGAUUAACUGGUGCCCAAGAUUAUUGGUGUUCCACUUUGGUCAAAGGGGUCAUUUAUGGAUCAUAUUCGGUGACUGAAAUGUUUCCCAAGAACUAUACAAACUGUACAUGGACGCUGGAGAACCCAGACCCUACCAAAUACAGCAUCUACCUUAAGCUAUUCAAGCGAGAUUUGAGCUGCUCUGAAUACUCCUUGCUUGCUUAUCAGUUUGAUCAUUAUUCUCAUGAGAAAAUUAAUGAAUUGCUGAAGGCGAAUGAGUCUAUAGUCUAUCUCUGUGAUUCAAAGAAUAACUACAUAUUUUUGCUGUAUGAUAAGAAUUUUGUUCAGCUGCGGCGAGUUUUCCCCUAUGAUUACAAUGGAUUGACGCCUCUGAAGCUGGAUGAGGAAGAGAAGUCCAUCGUGGAGUUUUUGGUCUUAAAUAAGGCGAGCCCCAGCCAGUUUGGGUGUCAAGUACUUUGCUCAUGGCUAGAAAACUGUUUGAAGGCCGAGAAAGGGACAGUGGAGACAUGUGGGAUUGUGUACACAAAGUGCACCUGUCCUCAGCACUUGGGUGAUGGAGAAUCAGAAAGCAUGCUCAUGCUCAACAACGUGGUGCUACCUUUAAAUCCACAAACGGAAGGCUGCUUGUCACCUCAACUGCAUGCAGGACAGAUCUGCAAUCUGAGCGCAGAAGUGAAACGUCCUCCUAAAGAAGAAUAUGGAAUGAUCGGAGAGCAUACAGUAAAAAGUCAGCGGCCAAGAUCAGUUCAUGACACAAAGGCCCUGCAGGAGCAAGCUGAAUCUGCUAAAUUUAUGGCACAAACUGGUGAAACAGGUGCAGAGGAGUGGUCCCAGUGGAGCUCAUGCUCCGUAACAUGCGGUCAAGGGUCGCAGGUGCGAACAAGAACAUGUGUCUCACCAUACGGAACGCACUGCAGCGGCCCUUUAAGAGAAUCAAGGGUUUGCAAUAACACUGCCCCUUGUCCAGUACACGGUGUGUGGGAAGAGUGGUCACCGUGGAGCCUGUGCUCAUUCACGUGUGGCCGCGGUCAGCGCACUAGGACUAGGAUGUGUGCUCCUCCCCAGCAUGGAGGCAGGGCCUGUGAUGGACCCGAGACCCAAACUAAGCUUUGCAACAUAGCCCUGUGCCCAGUGGACGGACAGUGGCAGGAGUGGAGUUCUUGGAGCGUUUGCUCGGUGACAUGUGCCAAUGGCACUCAGCAGAGGACCCGGCAGUGCUCAGCAGCUGCCCAUGGGGGAUCUGAGUGUCGCGGUCACUGGGCAGAAAGCAGAGAGUGCCAUAAUCCUGACUGUACAGCCAAUGGCCAGUGGAAUCCUUGGGGUCCGUGGAGCGGCUGCUCUAAGUCGUGUGAUGGUGGUUGGCAAAGACGCGCCCGGGUAUGUCAGGGGGCAGCAGUGACGGGGCAACAAUGUGAUGGAACCGGAGAAGAAGUACGAAAAUGCAGCGAGCAACGCUGUCCGGCUCCAUAUGAGAUUUGCCCAGAAGACUAUGCAGUCUCAAUGGUGUGGAGACGGACCCCUUCAGGCGAACUGGCUUUCAACCGGUGUCCCCCCAACGCCACAGGGACGACCAGUCGCCGCUGCUCUUUGGAUCACCGUGGCAUGGCCUUCUGGGAGCAGCCCAGCUAUGCUCGAUGCAUAACAAAUGAAUUCAGAUACUUGCAGCAAUCAGUUCAGGGCCACCUUGCGAAGGGCCAGAGGAUGCUGGCAGGGGACGGCAUGUCGCAGGUCACCAAAAACCUGCUGGAUCUCACACAGAGGAAGAACUUCUACGCGGGAGACCUGCUAUCAUCAGUGGAGAUUCUUCGCAAUGUGACAGAGACCUUUAAAAGAGCAAGCUACGAGCCAUCAUCUGAUGACGUUCAAAAUUUUUUCCAAAUCAUCAGCAACCUCUUGGAGGAGGAAAAUAAGGAGAAAUGGGAGGAUGCACAGAAGAUCUACCCGGGAGCAGUGGAGCUCAUGCAGGUCAUCGAGGAUUUCAUUCACAUUGUUGGACUGGGCAUGAAGGAUUUCCAUAAUGCUUAUCUGAUGACCGGAAACUUGGUGGCCAGCAUCCAGAGACUUCCAGCUGUGUCUGUGAUGACUGACAUCAACUUCCCCAUGAAAGGUCGUAAAGGCAUGGUUGACUGGGCCAGGAACUCAGAAGAUAAAGUGGUCAUCCCAAAGGGCCUCUUUAUUUCCCAGUCAGCAGAUAUGGAAGGCUCCCCUGUUUUCAUUUUGGGUACUGUUCUCUACAAGACCCUCGGACUCAUGCUGCCAUCACCAAAGAACCACACAGUUGUGAACUCAAAGGUUAUUGCGGUGACUGUGAGGCCGGAGCCUAAGACAACGGAGUCUCACCUAGAAAUUGAAUUGGCUCAUAUGGCCAACGUAAGCAGCAAAGGAACCGUAAAACCAUACUGUGCACUAUGGGACACCACCAUAACGAACGAUUCUUGGGGCGCCUGGUCCACAAAAGGAUGCAAAACGGUGCUCACAGAUGCAUCCCACACAAAAUGCUCGUGUGAUCGCGUGUCUACCUUCGCCAUUUUGGCUCAGCAACCAAGAGAAAUAACCAUGGAGUACUCAGGGGUCCCAUCUGUGACAUUGAUAGUUGGCUGUGGUUUGUCCUGCCUCGCCUUGAUCACCCUGGCUGUGAUCUACGCUGUGCUAUGGAGAUAUAUUCGCUCGGAACGAUCCAUUAUUCUGCUCAACUUCUGCCUAUCUAUAAUCUGCUCCAACAUAUUGAUUCUGGUUGGACAAACACAGACCCGCAAUGUGGGGGUUUGCAUCAUGACCACUGCCUUUCUGCACUUCUUCUUCCUGGCAUCUUUCUGCUGGGUCCUCACAGAGGCCUGGCAGUCCUACAUGGCAGUGACAGGAAAGGUUCGGACUAGACUCAUCCGGAAGCGCUUUUUGUGUCUGGGCUGGGGACUACCCGCUUUAGUUGUUGCUAUUUCAAUGGGAUUCACUAAAACAAAAGGCUAUGGGACGCCCUUAUACUGUUGGCUCUCUUUGGAGGGCGGGCUCCUGUAUGCCUUUGUUGGACCUGCAGCGGCUGUUGUUUUGGUCAAUAUGGUGAUUGGUAUCUUGGUGUUUAAUAAAUUAGUGUCCAGAGAUGGAAUACUGGACAAGAAACUGAAGCACCGAGCAGGACAGAUGAGUGAGCCACAUACAGGAUUAACUCUCAAAUGUGCCAAAUGUGGUGUUGUAUCAACAACUGCCCUAUCAGCAACUACAGCUAGCAAUGCAAUGGCGUCGCUGUGGAGCUCCUGUGUCGUCCUACCUCUGCUGGCUUUGACCUGGAUGUCCGCUGUUCUCGCCAUGACAGACAAGCGCUCCAUCCUCUUUCAGAUCCUCUUUGCUGUCUUUGACUCUCUGCAGGGUUUUGUCAUCGUGAUGGUGCACUGUGUCCUACGGAGAGAGGUUCAAGAUGCUUUCAGAUGUCGGCUCAGAAACUGCCAAGAUCCUAUCAGUGGUGAUGCAACAGGAACCUUCCCUAAUGGGCAUGCUCAGAUCAUGACGGACUUUGAGAAAGACGUGGACAUCGCCUGCCGAUCAGCGCUUCAUAAAGACAUGGGCUCCUGUCGCGCAGCCACUAUUACAGGCACCCUCUCCCGAAUUUCCCUAAAUGAUGAGGAGGAUGAGAAGGGCCCUGAAGGCCUCAACUACUCCACUUUGCCUGGAAAUAUCAUCUCCAAAGUGAUAAUCCAGCAGCCUUCAGCUUUGCACAUGCCAAUGGGGGUGGGGGAUUUAAAAGAGCAGUGCCUGGCAGACAGCAAUGCUGACAUGCGGCGCACGGUUUACCUGUGCACAGACGAUGCUGUGCGCCAGAGCGACCAAAGCAUGGGUGGCCACGACAUGGAGGGCCAUCCAAUGCAGGGUCAGAUGAUGGAGACAGACUACAUAGUCAUGCCUCGCGCCUCCGCAGCAAUGUCAGGAUCGGGUAACGUGCCUACUUUACUGAAAGAGGACACCAAGAUGAACAUCACAAUGGACACGCUUCCACACGAGAGGCUGAUGCAUUACAAGAUGGGCCCUGACUUCAAUAUUGGCUCGUCAGGCAUGGACCACAUGAAUGUGAACCUGGAGCAGCAUUACCCGGGCAUUCAGGAGCAGAAGCAAAGCCUGCCCUUUGAACCUCGCACAGCUGUCAAGAACUUCCUCGCUGAGAUGGAGGAGGCUGGGGGGCUUUCUAGAUCCGAGACUGGGUCCACAAUAUCCAUGAGCUCCCUGGAGAGAAGAAAGUCACGAUAUUCUGAUCUGGACUUUGAGAAAGUCAUGCACACCAGGAAAAGACACAUGGAGCUGUUCCAGGAACUGAAUCAGAAAUUUCAAACCCUGGACCGAUUUCGAGACAUACCAAAUAUGGGCAGCAUGGAUAAGGCAAUGCCAAAACAAAACCCAUGGGAGAGCUACAACCCAGCCUGUGAGUACCAGAACUACGCCACUAUGAAUGUACUAGAAUCUGACACCAAGGACUCACUGGAGAUGACGCCUGCGGAGUGGGAGAAGUGUGUCAACUUACCCUUAGAUGUCCAGGAAGGAGACUUCCAAACAGAGGUCUAGAGGGUGCAGAAGGAGAAAAUGCAAACUAGGAAAGGAGGAGAAGGGGAUGUAUUUUGCACUGAAUAAAGCAACAGACUUUUCUAACAGCCUUGGCAUACAUAUCUGGAUCUUACGAGUGUGGCAGGGACAUUAUGUGCCAAUACAAUAUAGAGACUGGUGAGAGGAGAAGAAAAAAAAAAGAAAAAAAAAAGGGGAUUAAAAACAUCAGUGUUACUUUUUGUAUUCUCACUAGUGUACUUAGUGUGGGGCAGCCUGGUGUACAAUACUUACCAUCAUGUGUUUCAAAUUAUCUGUUGAAGAAUUGGCUGGAAAAGAGAUAAAGUUAAAGAAAAAAAAUCAAAACUCUUAUGGAAUCAUGAAAACUCACAAAGCAAAUGACACGCCAUGUCGGCCCAGCUUCAUCAGGUCUGGUUUUGAUUUCCUAAAACUGGACCUGGGAGCACAAUGUAUAUAUUUAUGCAGGUUUUUAAAAAGUUUAUAACAGUCUGUUUGGCCAUUACUACACUUUUUACUUUAUAAUAUAAAACAUGGGAGGCAAAGAGAAUUUUUCUGUCAUAUUAAAAUGAAUGUUUGUCAAGCUACAUUCUUCAUUGCUUUAAAUGCAAUAAAGAUAAUACUCACUUUUAUAUAAAUAAUAUAUUUCACAACUUUAAUACUGCAGAACCUGCUUGAAGAAUCCCAGCAAGCUCUCUCAUCUGCAGCUCUGUAUAAAUAUUUAAAAACAAAAUGUUGUAUGGUGUAAAUAAACCUUUGUCUACAUAUGUUUUACUUGUGCCAAUUUAUUUUAAUGAGAAAAAAUGCCAACCUGAUCAAAAGUUAUAGCGAAAAAUGUUAACAUUUGAAAUGGAAUGUAAAUAAAAGAGGAAAUAUGUUCGUACUG